CUCGUCUCUCAGCAAAAACUCUUCCUUUUCCCCCUUCACUCACUCACUGCGGUUUUAAUCCAUCCAUCAUCAUAAACCCUAGCCUUGCCGAAAUAACUCACUCUCACUCUUUUCUUCUCUUUCUCCCUCUCAACAAUCUCACCCUUCCCGUUCUGCUUCCGAUUUCACACUUUCGUGAACGUUCGAUUUUCCGGUCGAUCAUGAUAGUGAUGGCAUGCAGAUGCAACCAUGGGUAGUAGGUACGGAUAAAAACCCGGUUGGACUCCAAAAACAAGCGUACGGCAAUGCCGGUGGUGGGGAUGAGGCGCUCGACGAGGGUGUUUGGGGUGGUUAUGAAGGGACCCGACUCGGCUCGGGUUCUCCGCUCCGGCCGCCGGUUGUGGCCAGAACAAUCCAAGGCUAAGAGACCUGACGAAGGGGACCAUUUGUCCAAGUCCGCCAAAAACGACGUCGUUUCAGAGAUCAAGAUCAAGCGGGAGGUAGAGAGGCAGGGGAAAAGGGGUCGUGAUUCCAGGUUUGGUAUUGUGUAUACUCGAAAGCGGAGGAGGGUUAGGGUUGCUGCCGCUCCCGGGCUUGCGGUAUUCGUGAGACCCUGUGCUGGAAAGAGUGGCUUCUUUUCGAGUGUGUUGGUUUCGGUGUUGAGGUACAUUGCAAGGUUAAAAGUCACACUAAAGGACCUCUCCGCCUUUUUCCUGUCUGAACCAGUUCAUGGCGCUUUUGCGUCGCGGGGUGUACAGUUUUUGCAGGGUCCUCCUACUGCCAACAUUGGAAUAUGCCAGUUCUUUGGAAUCACACAUUUCAUGCCAAUUUUCUGUGUGGACUUUACGGCUGUUCCUCUUUAUUUUGAGUCUCUUCAUUCUGGGAUGCUUUUAAAAUCUCUGUUUAGGUCAUUUGUUUUGGUCAGUAAUCCGAUAAACGUACAUAGUGAUUAUGGAGAUGUUGAGGUGGAAGUUGAUUUCCCAGAACAUGAGAGCAAGCUGCAGAUUUCAUGCGAUGACUUCAAGAGAGAACCUUCUGAUAGUGGUACUGUCACACCUGAUGUUGAAAUCAAUGAAAGUUCUUCCUUGCAUUCCUCCGUCAGGGGUACCAGUGUAGCUGGACGAAAUGGGCUAUAUAGAAACAUUAUACACUCGAGAAGCAUUCAGAAGAGGAGAAGUUCACUCAGGAAAAGGAAAACACGUUACUCUUUAGCAGUGAGUUUAAAGAGAUGUAAUGGCGCAUUAGCUUCUGAUUUAUUGGGAGGUAUGGAAAGCAAUAGCAAGAGGAGAAGUUUGCGUAAUGUUAGCACAGCUGUGAACUUGAGACAUGCAAGUUCUGCUAGAUUGGAUUCCGCAGAAGAACAAGGUUCAUCAUCACUCUGUUCUGCAAACAUUUUGAUCAUGGAGUCAGACCAAUGUUACAGGGUAGAGGGAGCGAUUAUCACUUUAGAGAUGUCUGCUUCUUCAAGAGAAUGGAUUCUCGUGGUGAAGAAAGAUGGGUUGACAAGAUGCUCUUUCAAAGCAGAAAAGGUGAUGCAACCCUGCUCUUCCAAUCGACUCACCCAUGUGAUAGCGUUUCCAUUGGACAAUAGGUGGAAGCUGGAGUUUGUGAAUCGAAAGGACUGGGCUGUCUUUAAACACCUAUAUAAGGAGUGUUCUGAUCGAAAUAUCGCUGCUCCUGUUUCUAAAUGUAUUCCGGUGCCAGGUGUGCGAGAGGUGUCUUCCUAUGCAGAAGAAAACAGUGUUCUCUUUCAUAGACCAGAUACUUAUAUAUCUGUCUAUGGUGAUGAGUUAACUAGAGCAAUGACAAGGAGAACUGCAAAUUAUGACAUGGAUUCUGAAGAUGGGGAAUGGCUUAGUAGCAAGUUCAAUAAUGAAUUUCAAGAACAUGUUUCAGAGGAUAAUUUUGAGUUGAUUAUUGAUGCAUUGGAGAAGGUUUAUUAUUGUAAUCCAGAUGAUUGCUUUGAUAAACAAACUGCUGUUAAUGCUUGUCUAGGUUAUGGUAGCAAGGAAGUUGUAGAAGCUGUAUAUACCUAUUGGAUGGGCAAACGGAAGCAGCAAAGGCGUUCUUUGCUGGUUAAGGUUUUCCAGGGCCAUCAAUCAAAAAGAACUCCACUUAUCCCUAAGCCUUUGCUGCGAAAGAAGAGGUCCUUCAAGAGACAGCCAAGUCAGUUGGGUAGAAGUAAUCCACCAAGUGUGUUGCAAGCUAUUGCAGCUGAACAUGAUUCCUUGGAAGAGGCUGCAGUGAGGAGGAUGGAAGAAGCUAAAGCCUCUGUAAACAAAUCCAUGGAAAUAGCUAUAGAAAAACGCAAGAGGGCUCAGGCUCUUGCUGAAAAUGCAGAUUUGGCAACCUACAAGGCUACAAUGUUAAUUAGAAUAGCCGAAGCAGCUGUCGCAUCAGAAGCAGACGCGGUUGCAGGAUACUUCCUUGACUGACUGACGGUUAGAUCGAAUUCCCGAUGCUAAUUAUUUUAUUACUGGCAGAAGAGUUGCUACCGUCUUAUGUAAACACUGUACAGAUUUCUUUUUGUAUGUACAACAGCACGGAUUGAAAUCAAGACCUCACCAAUCUUUUGUAUGAGUAGAUUCGUUGAUUUCC